GCACCAUCAAUGUCAACAUCGCGACACUGACCUCGGGCUUUGUGGUUACAUUGAGGUAACUGUGCCAUUCUGUAAGAUAGACAAAGGGCGGGUUAAAUUGAAAAUACACUUUAUUUGGGAACCUUUUUCUGGUUUAUGUUGUUUAGUUUUCCAUUUGUUUGUCGCAGAUUCACUCUGACGAAUCUAACCGGACAAGAUGCGCCUCACGUUGCAAAUGCUGAUCUCCCACGGCCGGGUGGCCCGGAAGAUGGGUAUGGGUCCGCAGUCCCGAAUCAACAUGCUGCGGAACAUUUUGACAGGAUUAGUCCGACACGAGAGGAUAGAAACCACGACCGCCCGAGCUGAUGAAGUCCGCUUCUACGCUGAGAAGAUUAUUGACUAUGCCAAAAAGGGAGACACUGAUGAGAAGGCGAUGAAAAUGGCCAGUUUUUGGCUAACGGAAAAGGAUCUGGUCCCAAAGCUCUUCAAGGUCCUUGCUCCACGGUUUGAGACCCAGACAAAUGGCUACACACGUAUGGCACGCAUCCCAAACAGACAGAACCUAGACAGAGCAAAGAUGGCCGUCCUGGAGUACAAAGGCAACCCCUUCCCGCCUCUCUAUCCUGUGAAAAAAGAGAAUGAACUGACACUCAUCAACCAACUUCUCAAAGGUUACAGAGAGGAGAGGGCACAACAGUUGGCUGCAAAACCUUGAGUAAAACCCUCCUUGUGUUGGAUCAGUGAUGGUGGUCGCUGAAGGAUGAUGGUUGGGUGCUGAAAUGCCUCUGAAGAGUGGCUGCAGGGUGGCAUAUAGACACUUGUUCAUUUCUUCACCAAAAAAGCAAUCCAAAAGCUCCAGCGUCAACUGAAGCCAAGGGUGUUCCUGUUGACGUUCAGUAAAGACCUUUAUGACUGAUUAUGUAUUAAUAAACAUUAUUUCCAGA